AUGAAAUUUAAUUGGAAAACCAUUCAGGUUGCUCAAUGCGUCGACACGAUAGGCCGUCUAGGGGCUUCGUGCGAGGUUCCACACGGGGCGCCCCGCGGGUCGCGGCCCGCCGCGUGCCUUACUUACCACCGGCGGUGCGCGGGCGGUGCGGGGCGAGGCGGCCGGCGCUGGCGCUCACAGCUCGGUCCCGCGGGCUGGCGGCGGCGCGGC